CGCUACCCCCGCUCUCUCUCUCUCUCUCUCUCUCUCUCUCUCUGAAACCCUAGCUCCCUCGAUUUCCCCCUCUCCCUCGCGUUCCCCCUGAGAUGCCGCCCCGUGCUGUGAAAAAGGUCGCCGCCAGGAGGCGGGCGAAGACUGCGGCGGUCUCGAAUUCCUCGCCGAGCGUCGUCGAGGACGAGGUGGUUCCGAUGGGCGGAGGACCCAACCUCCCUCCGCCGAGAAUAAUCUGGAGGCGGAUUCUGCUCCUGCUCUCAACUGUAAAGGAGGAGGGCGGUGGUGGAGGAAUAUAUCGCUCCACCGGCCGCCGUAGAAGAGGGGAAAGCCCCAAAAAUUGGGGGCUCAGGAUGAAUAGAUGCGGCGAAGGCCCCAGAAGAAGUAGUGAUGGAGAAGAUUGAGGAGGCGGAGGCCGUAGAAGGAGAAACUGUCGAGAGGGUUGAGGUAGAAGUAGCUGUAGAGAAGGUUGUUGAAGAAGUGGCAUUGGGGAAUGUUCAGGAUUCUCCAAGCAAUCAAGUGGAAAGCGGAGAACCUUUGAAAUUUCCCCGGAGUUUCGACUGAGGCUAAGGGACCUGAUAAUUGAUGGAGAGAACCAGAUGGAUGUAGAGGAAGGUGCUGAAGUAGUUGAAGGGGAAGCCGUGGAAAGUGAGGUUGAAGGUGUUGAUGAAGAAAGGGAUGUUGGUGCUGGUAAAGAUGAAGGGGCUGAUGGGUUAGAUGACGCUGAUAACAGUGAAAGCUAUGAUGAUGGAGAAGAUAAUGAAGAAGUUGAGGAAGAAGAUCCCUCUUUAUAUAUGCAGGCAGACAAUGAAGAAAUUGAGGAGGAAGAUCCCUCUUUAUAUAUGCAGGACACUAUGACAGAGAGAAAAAAGCAGAAGGAAUUUGAGAUAUUUAUUGGUGGGUUAAAUAAAGAAGCUGUUGAGGAAGAUUUAAUGCAUGUCUUUGGUGUGUUUGGGGAGAUUCAGUCUGUUAGGAUAGUUAGAAAUCUAUCAACACAGAAAAGUAAGGGGUUUGCAUUUAUUCGUUACGCUAGUGUUGAGCAUGCGAAGAAGGCUCUUGCUGAGCUAAAAGAUGGGACAGAGGUGAGAGGGAAGCAGGUUGGAAUAUCAGCUAGUCAAUAUAAUGAUACCCUUUACCUGGGAAACAUCUGCAAGACUUGGACAAAAGAUCACGUGCUUGAGACAUUAAAAGGAUAUGGAAUUGAACAAGUAGAGCACAUACUCUUGCCUGAUGAUCCCAAUAAUGAAGGGAAAAUCAAAGGUUUUGCUUUCCUUGAAUUCAAUUCACAUUCUGAUGCAAUGGCAGCAUUUCAGCGGUUAAAAAAACCAGAUGCUGUAUUUGGCUGUGAUAGGAGUGCGAAAGUUGCUUUUGCACAAACUCCAAUGCAUCCAGCUGAGGAAAUUUUGUUACAGGUUAAAACUGUAUUCAUUGAAAGUAUUCCAGUCUCUUGGGAUGAAGAAAAAAUCAAAGAACUUUGCAAACAAUUUGGUGAGGUAGAGAAAGUACAACUAUUUCGGAAGUUCACAACAAGUAAAAAGAAAGAUUUUGGGUUUAUUGAAUUUACUUCUCGAGAAAGUGCUGUAGCUUGUGUCGAAGGAAUAAACAGUGCUCAACUUGGAGAAGAUGAGGUCAAGGUCAAAGCUAAUCUUGCUAAGCCUUUGAAUAAGAGAAGGCUUGCUAGGCAGCGUGCUCGAGGUGGAUUUAAGGUUAAGAAGAAUGAAGAAGUUUCUGAAGAGGCUGGCCAAUCUAAGAAGAAAAAACAUUCCAAGUCAAAAGAGGUUCUUGUCAAGGCAAAAACUCAACACAAAUUAAAAAAUGUUGAAGGGAGCAAGUCAUCUAAGUCCCAAGGCAUGGUUGCAAAGGGUAAACAUGGUCCUCAACUAGCACGGCCUGCUAAAGGUAAACGACGUGGUAGGAGGAGCAUGGACAAUGCCAUUAAUGACAGGCCAUCAAAGAAGGCACGUAAAAAUCGCAACUUUGGUAACUUGCAUGGUAGACCUUCUAAAGGCUUUGGCAACCAAAGGUACAGUUACUCAGGGCUACCGGAAGUAAACCCUGUCGUGCAACCUACCACCUAUGCUCCAAGAUAUGCACAAUCUGCAACUAGAUACCAGGCUUACACUUAUGCUGGACCUUCUGGUUCUAAAGCUCGUCAGUCUGAUCUGGAACCUCAUGCUGGAUGUAUUCCUGCAGCAAAACCUGUUCAUUAUAGUUAUGGAUAUGAGCAAAGAAGGGUUGGUGCUUAUGAUAGCCAAGCAAGGAAUGGUUCUGACUUUGCUGGAGCAGCUGCACCAGUUACUCAAACAUCCUAUCCUGGGUACUCGAGCUAUGCUGGCUAUGAGGCUGGUUAUGCUUAUCCUGGGAGGGGGGCGUAUGGCAGCGGUGCUUAUGCACCUCACGGAUCAUAUUACUGAGAUGGGAGAUUGGUUGGCUUGAUCUAAUAGUUUGUAUUGGCGCCCAAGCUCCAAAGUGGUGAAAAUUAUUACAUCUUUGUGUCCUAUAAUUUGCCACAUGAACUGUCAUACCGUUCUGUUCUCAUGGUCAUCCUAAAAGUUGGAAAUUAGCUCCUUUGCAAUCACAUGCUAUUGCGUUUUCUUGUCAUCCUUUCUGGUUCCAGUGACAAAGAUUUUACUCCAAGCAAUGCACAAGAUUUUUAUUUUUAAUGGAACCUGUUUUGGUGCAAA